GCCUCUGGCCGGCAGGGGAGGGCGGGGAGGGGCUGCGCCCAGCGACGACGCUUCCGGUUGGGCGGCGGGCGGGCCCGGGGGACCGAUAAAGCGGCCGCUAUUCGGCGGCGCGCCUCCUCCCGGAGCCCCCCCCUUUUCCCCCUUCCCCCUACCCUCUUCGUCCUCCCCCUCCCCCCCGUUCUCCUCCACGGCCUGAGCCCGUGAGUGCUGGCGGCCCGGCCUGCUGCCGUCACCGCCGUUGGCGACGGCUGCGCCCAGCCCUUGCCCCGGCCCGGCGCCCCGCUGUCGCUCCAGAGCUACAUCAACGGAACUGAAACUUGCUCUUCAAAAGGUGCAGUGCUGUGAAAACUGUUGCUGGCUGUAGAAAAAUGGAUGUGUUGCAGAUACUACGUAAAGCCACAGAGCGCCUAGAAUGUGAUCACUGUAGCUUCAGAGGAACGGACUAUGAAAAUACACAAAUUCAUAUGGGUACCAUACAUCCAGAGUAUUGUGAUGAAAUGGAUGCUGCUGGUUUGGGUAAACUUAUAUUUUAUCAAAAAAGUGCAAAGCUGUUUCAUUGUCAUAAAUGUUUCUUUACCAGCAAGAUGUAUUGCAAUGUAUAUUAUCACAUCACAGCACAGCAUGCAACACCCGAGAAGUGGAAUGAGGGGCGGAAAGGACAGGUAGAAGGAGAUUCAGAUCCCUCCAAAAAAAGUGUCACAUCAGAGCCACAGAAAUCUUCCCUUUCCCCUGAGACGCACAAACCCACCCUUUCUCCUGAGCUCCCCAAAUCUGAACCUGUUGUUUCUCCCAACUUUCAGAAAUCUUCAGUAUCUCCAGAGCCCCAGAAAUCAGUUCAGGUGACUUCCACAGAGCUAGAGAAGUCAGCCCAGGCCAUGUCCCCAGAUUCAGAAAAGUCAGCCCUUGCCACAUCUCCAGAUCCAGAGAAGGUAUCCUCAGCUGCAUCCUCAGACUCAGAGAAGCAGUCACCUGCUGUGUCUCCUGACCCACAGAAGCCGUCUCCUGCUGUGUCCCCCAGCCUACAGAAGCCAUCUCCUGCUGUGUCCCCAGACCCACAGAAGUCAGCCCCAGCUGUGUCCCCUGACUCGCAGAAGUCAGCCUUGACUGUGUCCCCAGACCCACAGAAGUCAGCCCCAGCCGUGUCCCCUGACUCACAGAAGUCAGCCCCCACUGUGUCCCCUGACUCACAGAAGUCAGCCCCAACUGUGUCCCCUGACCCACAGAAGUCAGCCCCAGCAGUGUCUCCAGAGCCCCGUCGGCAUUCCCCAGCAAUGUCUCCAGAACCCCGUCGGCAUUCCCCAGCAAUGUCUCCGGAGCCCCGUCGGCAUUCCCCUGCUGUAUCACCAGAGCCCCGUCGCCAUUCUCCCGCUGUGUCUCCAGAGCCUCGACGAUACUCCCCAGCUGUGUCACCAGAGCCAAAGAAACCCACUCCAGCAGUGUCUCCUGAGCCCCGACGGUAUGCCCCAGCUGGGUCUCCCGAGUCCCGGAGACUUCCUUCUCAAAUGCGUAAGCCUGCUUCUACUACUUCUCCUGAAGCCCGGAGGCCUGCUCCUGCAGUUUCACCAGAGUCAUGGAGACCUGAUCCGACUGUUUCCCCUGAACCCUGGAGAUCUACACCUCAUGAGGUGCAGAAGUCUUCCACUGUGUCUCCCUGGGCUGCAAAGCCUGCCAUGUCAGUGUCUAUAGAAUCACGGCGAUCUGCCCCCGAGGCCCGAAGGCCUGUUGUGUCACCAGAGCCUAGGAGGUUUGCUUCUGACUCAUGGAAGUCUACAUCCUUUUCUGAAUCUCAGAAGUCUACUCUUGUUUCCUCUGAGCCAUGGAAACCCAUCUCAUCUGUUUACCCCGAAGGCUGGAAACCCGUUCUGUCCCCUGACACUUGGAAGCAUUCUCCCCCUGUUUCUCCUGAGCUUCGAAAGUCUAGUCACACAGUUUCCUCUGACUCUUGGAAGCCUUCUUUCUUUCCUGAGGUCCGUAAGCCUGGUGCUUCGAUAUCUCCUGAAUCUUGGAAACUCUCUGAGUCCCGGAAACCUGUGUAUUUUUCUGAAACUCAGAAAUCCCCCUCAGCUGCUUUGUCUGAGGUUCAGAAACGGGCUCAUUUCCCCGAACCUCGGAAAAGAGCUCUGUUCCCAGAGUCUCGUAAAUCUAAUCCCUCUCUUCCUGCCGAUAUCCAGAAACGUGCUGUCUUUUCUGAGCCCCAGAGUCAGGUGUCUACUUCUGUUUCUACUGAAAGCCAGAAACAUGCCUUGUGUUCUGAAGCCCAGAAAUCAGCUCUUGUUUCUUCUGAAACUCAGAAGCACACUCUGUUUUCUGAAGUCCAGAAACUUGCUUCCAUUUCCCCUGAAGUUCAGGAGCAUACUUCCUUUCCAGAGCCUCACAAAUCUGCUUCUCCUGAAACUCAGAAACAUGGCUUCUUUACCGAGUCCCAGAAACCUACUCCUAUUUCUCCUGAGACCCCAAAACAAGCUGUUUUUACUGACUCCCAGAAAUCUGCUGUGUCACCUGAUGUCCACAAACAUACUAUCUUUUCUGAGAUGCAGAAGCCUGUUGCUGCUUUAUCCUCUGAUAUCCAGAGACACACUGAAACUACUGUACCUACUGAAAUCCAGAGGAGCAUCCUGUUUUCCGAACCUCACAGGUCUGCUCCAGGUUUUUCCUCUGAGCCCCAGACACCUAGUGAGUCUGGAGAGAGUGACUUUCUUUCUCACAGUUUAGAUGAUCAGAAACCACUGGAUGAUUUAUUUUCGCAGGAUGAACAAUCAAUAUUGGCCAAAGAAUCACCAGAAGACAUAUUCUACUCAUGCCCCAAAAAGAAACCCAAGAAGGAAAACCAGGAAAACUCAGAUUCUGAACUUAAUAGCAGUGAGUGUGGAAAACCAGAGAUGGACUCAAUGGAGAUAAAGGAACAAGAAUCCAACAGUGACCAAGAACAAUAUGAUAUGGAGUCAUCCGAUUACAUCAAAGAGAGCAAAAUAGAUGCAGCUACUCCCACGCAGCCACCGUGUGUGCUGCAGUUUACUGAGGAGAAAGAGGCUUUCAUCUCCGAGGAAGAAAUAGCGAAGUACAUGAAGCGUGGCAAGGGAAAGUAUUACUGCAAGAUCUGCUGCUGCCGUGCGAUGAAGAAAGGUGCUGUCUUGCACCAUUUAGUUAACAAGCAUAAUGUUCAAAGCCCUUACAAAUGUAAAAUUUGUGGCAAAGCUUUUCUCCUGGAAUCUCUUCUUAAAAACCACGUUGCUGCACAUGGUCAAAGUUUGUUGAAGUGUCCACGUUGUAAUUUUGAAUCGAAUUUCCCCCGAGGCUUUAAGAAACAUUUAACCCAUUGCCAAAGCCGUCAUAGUGAUGAUGCACCUAAAAAACACUUGGACAGCAUUGAACCACUUGAAGAACAAAUUUAAUCUGUUGUUUUUAUUUUUCCCUUUGUGCUAGGAAAGUUGAAUUUACAGAUGUGUUCAAAAGUGUUGCUGUAUGUUAACCGAGUAGUUUAGCUGAUCUGACAAGUCAGAAGAUGCAUGGUUUAUUGUACUGUUUAACUUGUCUUAUAGCUGUAUUGCUGAAGUGACUCACUUUCAGAAGUCAUUUUCAAUACAUGUUCAUGUCUUUGUAUUCCCCAUCAGUAGAGUCAUUUUAUUUUUCAGCUGUACUGUGUUUUUGAAACCAAAAUGGAUACAGAUUAGUUUUUUAAAGAUUUGUAAAGCAUACAGGCAAUUAAGGACUGGAGUGGCAGGCAAUUCAUAUAUUCCUGUGAAGACUGAACUUGUUUUUUCACAUUUGUUAAAUGUUGUCUUUUUCAAAAUGUUUUUAUGAAAUUCUCAAAGUUCUCACCAAAUUCGAUGUGAAGGAGCCAAGCAUGAGAAACUACCAAUCCUCCUGGAAAAAUUCUGCCCUGAGGUUGUCAUUGAGUGUAUAGUCAUUUGCUUGAAAUUUAUUGCACUCAAUUCUCUGACUUGUCUCAAACUUAGAAGCAUCAAGGUACUUAUUUUGUGACUCUGUAUUUUGGCCAUGUUUUAAGCAUGUACUAAUAUACCUUCAACUGAUGAAUUAACAUCAGACUAUGUAUAGCUCAACACUUUCUCUUGAUGAUUCGGAUGUUUGUAAUGUCAAAACCCCCCUAAAUUUCUUGUAUUUGGUGAAAUGUUAUACUUUAAGCUUUUAACAAUAAAAAGAAACCCAACCUGG